AUGAUGCUCAGGCCAAUCACUGUUCCCCUGUGAUCCCUUCAGUACUACAUUGUUCCUGAACCUCUCCUUUCUCUAUAUGAUCCAUUUGAGUCAAAUCAGUUUAACGGCAAAAAAAUGAAGCAUUUUCCUAUUUUUGCUGACUUGUUGGCUCCUUUUUCUCUUUUAGUUGCUACUUUGGCUGCAGCAAAUGAUGGGCCUUUAUAUGAUUUUACAGCUUAUACAGAGUGUAAAGCAUGGCCGGAGAAGCCACUCUACGGUGGAGGGAUCCUGAAACAUUAGCAUCCGGAGAUGAGGAGCGACACUGGCAAGUUUGCCGUUGGCGUCUACACACCAGUUUUCAUAUUGUACAAUCUGACCCAGGGCACCAGUUACUGUUUUUCUACCUGGGUCAAGAUAGAAGGUACAGAAUCAGCCCUUAUAAGAACAAGCCUAAAGACAGACAAUGAGACAUACAAUUGCAUUGGGACUGUUUUGGCUAAAAGAGGAUGCUGGUCAUUUCUCAAAGGUGGGUUCGUCCUUGAUUCACCUUCAAAUGUAUCUGAAAUAGUAUUUCAGAAUUCUCACAAUGAGGACAUCGAUAUAGUAACUGCCAGUGCUGCACUGCAGCCAUUUACCGAACAGGAAUGGAGGAACAACCAGCAAUACAUAAUUAACACUAGUUGCAGACAUUCUCUCGGGGCAGAAUGCAGCACAAAUCCUGAUAUCAAGGGACAUUCUAAAUCAUUUUGUCAUCACAUUUGCAUAAAUUUUCAUGUGAUAAUUUUAAGAACAAUCAUCAUGAAAUUUUCCAGGUAAAGAAACGUGCUAUGACAAUUCAUGUCUCAGAUGAACAUGGAGAUGCAUUACAAGGAGCAGACAUUUCCUUGGAGCAAGUAUCCAAAGAUUUUCCCUUUGGUUCUGCAAUUGCAAGCACCAUCCUUGGAAAUUCACCUUAUCAGAAUUGGUUCGUGGAGAGAUUCAAUGCAGCAGUCUUUGAAAAUGAAUUAAAGUGGAGUGCUACAGAACCGGAACAGGGGAAGCUCAACUACACUAUAUGAGACCAGAUGUUGGAGUUCGUCCCAGCCCACCAAAUAAUCGCCAGAGGCCACAACAUAUUCUGGGAAGACCCCAAGUUCAUCCCGGCAUGGGUCCGGAACCUCUCUGGUCCCGAUCUCUGGUCAGCUGUGAACUCAAGAAUACAAAGCCUGAUGACUAAAUACAAAGAUCAAUUCAUCCACUGGGAUGUCAGCAACGAGAAUCUCCAUUUCGACUUCUACGAGCAACGUCUCGGGCAUAAUGCAACCCUGGAAUUCUUCAGGACGGCGCACCAGGCCGACCCCUUGGCCACAUUGUUCAUGAAUGAAUUCAACGUGGUGGAGACUUGCAGUGAUGGGAAGUCCACUGUGGAUGGCUACAUUGCAAGGCUGAGAGAGCUCCAGCAGGAUGGGGUUUACAUGGACGGAAUUGGGUUGGAGGGGCAUUUCACGGUACCAAAUCCUCCUUUAAUGAGAGCUGUUUUGGACAAAUUGACUUCACUUAAUCUUCCAAUCUGGCUAACAGAAGUAGAUAUUAGCAAUUCACUCACUCAGGAAAUGCAGGCUACUUAUCUAGAGCAAGUUUUAAGAGAAGGUUUUUCACACCCAUCAGUGAAUGGGAUAAUGCUUUGGACUGCUCUCCAUCCAAAAGGGUGUUACCAAAUGUGCCUCACCGAUGAUAAAUUCCGGAACCUACCCGCGGGAGAUGUGGUUGACAAGCUCUUGAAGGAAUGGUACACGCACGAAGUAAAUGGACAGACAGAUGAACAUGGGUCAUUUAGCUUUAGUGGGUUCCUAGGUGAAUACAGGAUAGUGGUUAAGUACGGAAAAAACAGAACAGCAGCUUCUACAUUCUCACUCGGCCGUGGUGAUGAAACUAGACAUUUUAACAUUCAAUUGUAACCCUUUUAAUUCCACAAUCCAACACAUACAAACUAAAUAUUAUUCACACUGAAAUCUCACAAUAGUCACAAUCCAAAGAGAAUAAAAGGAAUGAAGAAAGGAGAAGAACUUCAUAGGAAUGGUCAUGAUGAAAAGAAUAAUUGCUAGGACCAUCA